AUGUCUCACCUACUAUUUGCCUUACUUUCAUUAUUUUCCUUUGCUGCCCUUCUGGAAGCACAGUGGAAACUGAGGGAAAAUGUGUACGUCAUUGAAUCAGAAUGGAAUGAUGAGACACCAGCUAAAAGACUGGAGCUCACCUGUAACACAUCUGAUGAAGCACUGCCAGUUUACUGGAAAAAGGGCACCGAACUGAAAGGAACUGGAAAGACUCUGAUUGCCGAAGUGAAAGAGUUCCCAGAUGCUGGCAACUACACCUGUCUGACAGCUAAUACUCAUGAAAUCAUCAGUUAUGAUUUCUUCCUCAUAACUAAAAUAGACUCCAAUGGGCAAAUGAUAAGGUCAAUUCUGAAAAGCUUUAAAGAGCCAAACAGGACGUUUCUAAAAUGUGAGGCAAAGAACUACUCUGGAAUUUUCAUAUGUUCAUGGAUGACAGAAAAUGAGAGUCCAAAUGUGAAGUUCACAAUCAGAAGUCUAAAAGGUUCUCAAGGAGACGUAACCUGCAGCAGCCCUGUAGCUCAUACUGAUCUAUCAGUGACUGAAUAUACUGAAUAUAGAGCCCAAUGCCAGAUAGAAAACUACUGUCCGUUUGCUGAAGAGCACCAACCAAUUGAGAUGUUCCUGGAGGUCAUUGACGAGGUGGAAUAUGAGAACUACACCAGCAGCUUCUUCAUCAGGGAUAUCAUAAAACCCGACCCACCCCAAUGUCAGUAUGUGACCACAAAUGGAACAGUGACCUGGACAUAUCCCAGAACAUGGAGCACACCAAAGUCAUACUUCCCUUUGACUUUCAGGGUCCAAGUUGAAAGUACGAAGAAACAUGAAAGCCAGGUCUAUGAUACUGAUGAGCAGUCUAUGCAGAUUCCAACAGCUGGGCCAGAAGACAAGAUCUCCGUGCAGGCCAGGGAUCGCUAUUACAAUUCAUCCUGGAGUGAGUGGUCCUCACUUUGCAGGUGA